AUACCGUUUAUCGUUAGUACUUGUUUGUGGUCUGGGAAUAUGAAUAGAGAGCAUAGUAAAAGUAAUUAUGUUCGUGAAAUCAAAUAGAUUCGAAUAUUAAUAUUUCAAUUUAAUUAAUGUAGGUAUUAAUAAAUCGUGAAAAUAUUUCUAAAUAAUUAUCGUAGUCGAUAAAAACAAUAGUAUCGAUAGUUGGAAAGAAUUAAUCGGACAUCUUUUAUAUGUGUACAAGUUUUCCCUAUGAUCCGCUGCAGAACUCGGGUAGUAUCAUUUCUUUCUUGCAUAUUCUCCCCCUUGCCCGUCAACCCUUAACUACCUUCCCCCAUUUCGGUGUAUACGAGUAUGAAGAGUAUCUCGGUUUCUUGUCAAGUCCUUCGUCUUAUUAGUAAAUGUAAUAUGCACUAGUGAUAAUAAAGGUUUACGUUUAACUAAACCACAUAUAAUAUAGAUAUAUCGCGUUUAGGUGUCGAGCGCGAUUAACCUUGUGAAGCCGAUCCUCGGCUGUUUUUCAAUGAGCGAAUGAAGAAUAUUCGGUACGUUUAAGAGUGGUAUGUCAGUGUGUAUACACAGUACGAUAUUACCGUAAGCGAAGAGAAAGAAGAGGAUAAUCAUUUUAUACAAAUCUUCUUUGAACAUUUCAUUCGACAUGAUGAAGAAUAGUGCUUUGCCAAAGAAGGAGGGCAAAAUGCGUAUACGUGCUUUUCCGACAACUAUGGAUGAAAAGUACGUAGAAACCAUUUGGACCUUACUAAAAAAUGCCAUCCAAGAGAUACAAAAGAAAAAUAACUCUGGUCUUAGUUUUGAAGAAUUAUAUCGGAAUGCAUAUACUAUGGUGUUGCAUAAAUAUGGUGAACGCCUUUACACAGGAUUAAAAGAAGUAGUGACACAACAUCUUGAAAAUAAAGUACGAGACGAUGUUUUAUAUUCGCUUCAUAAUAACUUUUUACAAACAUUAAAUCAAGCAUGGAAUGAUCACACAACUUCAAUGGUAAUGAUCAGGGAUAUUUUAAUGUACAUGGAUAGAGUUUAUGUACAACAAAAUGAUGUUGACAACGUAUAUAAUUUAGGACUUAUCAUAUUUCGAGAUCAGGUGGUUAGGUAUGGUUGUGUAAGAGAUCAUUUGAGAGAUACAUUAUUAGGUAUGAUUGCAAGAGAAAGACACGGUGAAGUCGUUGAUCGAAUCGCUAUAAAAAAUGCAUGCCAUAUGCUAAUGUUACUUGGCAUUAAUAGUCGUCAAGUUUAUGAAGAAGAUUUUGAAAGGCCUUUUUUACAGCAAAGUGCAGAAUUUUACAGAAUUGAAUCUCAAAAAUUUUUAGCAGAAAAUAGUGCAUCUGUUUAUAUAAAGAAAGUAGAAGCAAGAAUUUAUGAAGAAUCGGAAAGAGCGAAACAUUAUUUAGAUGAGUCUACGGAACCACGAAUAGUUGAAGUUGUGGAAGAAGAAUUAAUCAAAAUCCAUAUGAAGACUAUUGUUGAAAUGGAGAACAGUGGUGUAGUACACAUGCUUAAAAAUCAGAAAACAGAAGAUCUUAGUUGUAUGUAUAAAUUAUUCUCAAGAGUAACAGAUGGUUUACGUACAGUUUUCGACUGUGUAUCUCAGUUCCUUAAAGAACGAGGACGUGCUAUGGUUCAAGAGGAACACGAAUCAACAACAAAUGCUGUACACUUUGUGCAGAAUUUAUUGGAUUUAAAAGACCGUUUUGAUCAUUUUCUUCAUUAUUCAUUCAAUAAUGAUAAACUUUUUAAACAAAUGAUAUCCUCAGAUUUUGAAUACUUUCUCAAUUUAAAUACUAAAAGUCCAGAAUAUUUAUCUCUAUUUAUAGAUGAUAAAUUGAAAAAAGGUUCUAAAGGGAUGACUGAACAAGAAAUUGAAGGUAUCCUGGACAAAACAAUGGUUUUGUUUAGAUUUCUUCAAGAGAAGGAUGUUUUUGAACGGUACUAUAAACAACAUCUAGCAAAACGGCUUCUUUUAAAUAAAUCAGUAUCAGAUGAUAGUGAAAAAAAUAUGAUAUCUAAACUUAAGACUGAAUGUGGAUGCCAAUUUACAUCUAAAUUAGAAGGCAUGUUUAAGGAUAUAACAGUUAGCAAUACUAUUAUGGAUGAAUUUAAGGAUCACGUUCUUACUUCUGGGACAAAUUUACAUGGUGUGGAUAUAAGUGUAAGAGUACUCACAACUGGUUUUUGGCCAACACAAUCUGCUACUCCUAAAUGUAAUCUACCAAGUGCACCACGAGGUGCAUUUGAUGCCUUUAGACGUUUCUAUCUUGCUAAACAUACGGGACGUCAAUUGACAUUACAACCACAAUUAGGAUCUGCAGAUUUAAAUGCUAUAUUUACUGGCCAAAAAAAAGAAGAGAGUAGCUGCGGAAUAGGAUUGGAUACGCCAUCUUCUUCUGGUUCCAUUAUAAAUGGAAAUAAUAAUGGCAGUAAUAGUUUAUUAAGUCAAAGAAGCAGCGUAUGUGCAAGCGGUGUAAGAAAGCACAUAAUUCAAGUUUCAACUUACCAAAUGUGUGUGUUGAUGCUUUUCAACAAAAGAGAAUCAUUGACUUAUGAAGAAAUUCAAGGUGAAACCGAUAUUCCAGAGAGAGACUUGGUUAGAGCUCUACAAUCUCUUGCAAUGGGCAAAUCGUCACAGAGGGUAUUAAUCAAAAAUCCUCGAACCAAAGAAAUUGAACCUUCACAUACCUUCGGUGUAAAUAAUAGUUUCUCCAGCAAAUUGCAUAGAGUUAAGAUCCAGACUGUGGCAGCAAAAGGAGAAUCGGAGCCAGAAAGAAGAGAAAUGCGUAAUAAAGUCGAUGAAGACCGGAAGCAUGAAAUCGAAGCAGCUAUUGUUCGUAUCAUGAAAGAUCGAAAGCGUAUGCCGCAUAAUAUACUCGUAACUGAAGUAACACAACAAUUAAAAGUACGGUUUCUGCCAUCCCCUGUUAUUAUUAAAAAGCGUAUCGAAGGUUUGAUUGAACGAGAGUACUUAGCUCGUACGACGGAAGAUAGGAAAGUAUAUACGUACGUUGCUUAAUGCUGAGUUCAAAUAUUGGAACUGUACAAAAGUUACGCCAAAAUGUGGGAUCUUCAAAAACUGUGUAAGACAUGCAGAGUUAUGUUAAGAUGGAAAAUAUACGCGCAUGAGCUUGAAUUAAAAUGAGGAAUUUUUAAAAUGAGAAAAGACAAGAAAAAAAAAUAAAAACACAGAACACUCAACAAUGUUACCCUGGCUCAUGUAUUGUAGAAAGUAAAAAAAGAGGAAGCAAAUCUGCAAAUGUCAUAUUUUUUAUUUUCAUUUAUACUACCUUCUUUAUUUAUUACGAUAGAAUUUUAAUACGUCAAUACAAGUUUUUCUCUUUCUUACGUAAAAAGGAAUAAAAAAAAACAAAAAAACAAAAACUUAAUAAAAAAUAAAAAUCUUUAUAAAGAUUUUUUGUCUUCAUAAUAUAAUAUAUUUACCUAACUCAAUAUUAGUUUUUGUAUAAACUUAAAAUAAAAACGUAUCUGCGAAAAAAUAGUUAAACAAGAGAUAAGGAUAAUUAACAUACCUGUAAAUUAAAAAUUAAUCCCUAUUAUUAAUAAUGUUAACAUUAUUUCGUUUGGACUUUCGAAUCGAUAUUACAUUAUUCAAUGUCUAAGACAUUUUGUUCAGUAUUUGUAAUUAUAGAUUUAAUCUUUUCAGUCGAUGUAAAAAAUCAGUGAAAAAAAAAAAAAAAUAAAAUGCCAACGAGUUGUUCAUAUCGUAUAACAAUAUAUGUAGUGAACACAUUACAAAAUCUUCUCCGUAAUAUUUGUUACUUCUUUAUGAAGUGUGAAUAUAUUACAUAGUUUCGACUUCAUAAAUAAAUAAUUUUAUCGACA